AUGUCGGAUCUAUUGCCAUUGGCCACCUACAACUUAAAGGUUGAACCAUACACUCCAACCCCAGCAAUUGACGUUACUGUACCUGUUACUGUGCGCAUCACGCUUGCGGCCGUUGAUCCCGAAGCUGUGGACGAUGAGGAAAAGCCAUCUACCUUGAGAAUCAUCAAGAGAAACCCAGACUUCGACGAUGAAGACGACGAAAUCUUGGGAGGUGACUUUGACUUUGACGAGUUAGACGACGAGUCCGAGGAGGAAGAAGAGGAAGAAGAAGAGAAGCCAAAGAAGAAAUCUGAAAAGUCAAAGAAGGGCAAGAAGGCUGAGGAGGAGAAGCAAGAAGAGGAUGAAGAAGACGAAGAAGACGAAGAAGACGAGGAAGACGAAUUCGAUGACGAGUUCCAAGAGUACGUAGUCUUGACUCUGUCUCCUAAAGUCCAAUUCCAACAGACCUUGGACAUCGUCAUCGCUCCUGAAGAAGAAGUCCAAUUCGUCAUCACCGGAUCUUACCCAAUUCACUUGACUGGUAACUACGUCAAGCACCCAUUUGACCAACCUACCUACGGCGACAGCGAUGAAGACGAAGACUCCGAGGAGUACGACAGCGAAGAGUACGACCUAACUCCAGACGAAGACGAAAUCUUGGACGACCUAGAAGACGCCAGUGACGUCGAGAGCCGUAUCGAGGAGCUAAUCGAGGAAGAGGCUCAGCAGAGCAAGAACAAGAAGAGAAAGCAAGACGCCGAGGUCGAACAGCCAAAGGAAACCAAGAAGACCAAGAAGGAGCAAAAGAAGAAGGAAGAGCCAAAGAAGAAGGAGGAGCCAAAGAAGGAGGAGUCCAAGAAGGAUAAGAAAGAGAAGAAGGUCGAGUUCAAGAAGGACCUAGAAGAAGGACCUUCAAAGUCCAAGAAAGAGGCCGAGAAGCCAAAGACCAAGGCCUUGGAAGGUGGCAUCAUCGUUGAAGACCGCGUUGUCGGUAAGGGCAAGACCGCCAAGAGAGGCGCUAAGGUUGGUAUGAGAUACAUCGGUAAGCUAAAGAACGGCAAGGUUUUCGACAAGAACACCAGCGGUAAGCCAUUCGUCUUCAACCUUGGCCGCGGCGAGGUCAUCAAGGGUUGGGACAUCGGUGUAGCCGGCAUGGCUGUCGGAGGUGAGCGUAGAAUCGUCAUCCCUGCUGCCUAUGCAUACGGUAAGCAAGCCCUUCCAGGUAUCCCAGCCAACUCUGAGUUGACUUUCGACGUCAAGCUUGUCUCUAUGAAAUAA